AUGGCCUCUCCUACCUUCACAUCUGGCUCAACCAAAUCCAAGCAAAAGAUAAAGAUCGCUCUCUCCAUCGACUUUGACGCAAUAUCCGGCUGGCUAGGUACAUCCCAACAUCCCGAUAACAACAUGGCCGACAUCUCCUCAGGCUACUUUAGCGGUUACGUCGGUGUCCCUCGUCUCCUGAAAGUGUUCUCCCGUCUCGGCAUUUCUGACAAAGUGACUUGGUGUAUCCCCGGCCACUCCUUGGAAACCUUUCCUGAGCAGUCAAAGGCGAUUGUCGAGUCUGGGGCUGAGAUUGCAUUACAUGGUUAUUCACAUGAGGGAAGUACGCAAAUGACCGCACAGCAGGAAAGAGAUGUUUUGGUCAAGACGAUUGCGUUGGUGGAGGGGUUGACGGGUAAGAAGCCUAGAGGGUACAGAGCGCCCUUGUAUCAGAUCCAGGAGCGGACGGUAAAAUUGCUGCAGGAGCAUGGCUUCCUCUGGGAUUCGAGUCUGGCGCAUCUGGACAGUACGCCCUACUUUUUGCCAAAGGAGGUGGACAAACUCGACACGAUCGAAUUUUCUCCCGACAAAGACGCGAGCGGUUGGAUGAAGCCAUCCANNAAAGACUUUUUGAAAAUGGAGCACAGCAGUCUUGUGGAGAUUCCUUGCAAUUGGUAUAUGGAGGACAUGACGCCGAUGCAAUUCUUUCCCAAUGUGCCAAACUCUCAGGGCUUUGUAGACGUUCGCUUGAUCGAACGCAUGUGGAUGGACCGUUUCGAGUGGCUCAAGAGCGAAGUCGAAGAUGGGAGGGAAGACAUGACAAUCUUUGCUCUCGUCCUCCACCCAGACACAAGUGGUAUGGCGCAUGUGAUUGGUAUGAUUCAAAGGUUUCUGGGUUGGCUAAAGUCGUUCGGCGAUGAGGUCGACUUUUGUACCUAUGAGCAGAUUGCAACCGAGUUUGCGAGUGCGAGGGAAUAG